AAAAAAUUUAACUGCUUACAUCUUUUUAAUACCCACGCCACGCCACUGGUGUAUUAUUAUUUUUUUGUAUAGUAUAAUAGUAUAUUAUUAUGAUCUUAGGUGCUGGGUUUCGCAAUCGUUCACCGAUGAGGCGGAGCCAAUUAAUUUAUAGAUAAUACUAUCUUACUCAUGGUGGUAGUAAACUAGUACCCGGCAGAAAAUUGAUAUUAUAGUAUUAUACUACUAAUUACCAUUAGGUACAUUAUUCUUUCAUACUGUAUUACUGUGACGAUUUAAAAUUGGUUUAAAAUUACUUUUAUUGAUAAAUACUAAAUUAUAACGUAUGUAAAUUAAUCAACUAGAACUUAACCGCUAUUCUGGUAAUAAAUUCAAUUAACCUUAACGAGUAUGGCUGACCCAUCAAUUCAAACAUUUUGUUGUCGGAAAGCUCUUGAUUAUCAUCCAUCAUACAAACUCAUGAACGAAUUUAACACAGACCGUUUUAAUAUGGUGUGUUUACUGUCUUCAAUAAUAGGUAUUACUGGUGCUGUAUACCAGAUAUUGCCAAAAGUUGAGAUAAAAGUUCCAAACAGAUUUUAUUCCAACAUCAUGCGGCGAGGAAAAUAUAUUAUAAUGUGGUUAGCAAUUGCAGAUAUAUGUGCAUCAUUAGGUAUACUUUUAAGGUCUUGUUUAAAACUAAUGCAUCAUUUUCAAUGGUAUGAUGCACAACCAUAUACAGUUUCUUGUAUAUUUUUGGCAGUUUGGAUUCAGUAUUUUUACAUUGUAACUUGGUUUUGGACCUUAUCAUAUGCUGUUGACAUGUGGAGAGCAUAUCAAGAUAAACACUCAUGUAGAAAACUAUAUCAUGUUGUUGCUUGGUCAAUUCCUGCCAUAUUUACAUUUAUCGGACUUUCUACCCUUUAUCGACCAAAUGCAAACUGUCACAAUUUGAGCCUCAAAGAAAAUAUUGUUAUGAAGUUCCUUCCAAAUUAUUUUUUUACAUUUUUGCCUGUCAUCAUUGUUAUGGUAGUCAAUCCAGUACUUUAUUCUUUAUCUACUGGAUACAUAUAUCACAUAAUAACUUCAUACAUGGCUCAAUACUCUACAAAUGAACGGAAAAUGUUGGAUUUAUUUAAACAGAGAUUUGCAUUAAUUAAUCUAGCAUUUUACUUGUGUUGGGCACCCAAUUUAAUCAAUGCAAUAAUAGUCUGGACAUCUUGGAAUAAUCUACCAAAUGGAGUGAUGCUUACUCUUUGGUAUCUAAUGGCUAUUUUGAAUCCUAUGCAAGCAUUUUUCAACAGUUUCCUCUAUAACUUACUUGAACAUACAGAGCAAAUCUGUUGUUUUCCUACCAGAAGUCGAGUUCAAGAAAUGGUAGAAUGUAGACCUUUAUUAAUAGCCAAUGUAAAAGGUUCAGCAAAUUCAAAUGGCUAUGAAAUAAUCGAAUAAUUUAAAAUAACUAUUAAUAACUAAACCCAAACAAAUAUUAAUUAACUAAAUGUUCAGGAUAAAUUUUUGUAUUUAUAAAUAAUUUAAUGAAUUGUUAAUUCUAGAUUUUUUAUCCAUGAAUUUAUAAUUUUAG